AUGUUGCCAUGGAUGAUGAUAUCAAGCACCGUGGUGUUCGCCGCUCUGCUUCUUAUCACAGCAUUGCCGCCACUGUAUAUUUACGAUCCCGAGAAGUACCCCGAUGAGCCCAUGGGACCACCAACUGCGGGAGGUAUAUUCCCCGAUAGCGCAAUGAGCCACUCUGUGCGACAGAAGUUAUAUAUAUUGUUUGUGCUACCAACCUGUGCAUUUCUGAAUGCGCUGUACCUGUAUUUGGCAUACUACCGCCACCUGCGAUGCAUACAGUUCCGUGUGGAGCUCAGUUUGGUGGCGCAUGCAAAUUUUUUGAUGGCUUCCCGCAUUAUCAUUCAGGAACACACUCGGAUGCAGGAUUCAACGUCACUCAUCGAAAGUGGAGGUUAUCUUCGAACCACAUCGCUGAUGAAUCGUAGCUUUUUCAUGAAGGGCGAGAACACCGAAGAGAUGUCAGCCCCGCACUCUAUUUUCAACAAGUUGUGCCGCCACGCGAGACCCGAUAAUAUCUCGCUGCACAGUUACUCCACCUCGCCCUGGCAUCCAGAGCUGCAGGAGCUGCAAGGUGUCGUCUUCACUCAAUUUCUCCGUCGUGCGGACGUCGCCCGCACGACUGCGCUGAAUGCAUUACAGCAGCAUGUAUUGAUGGAUGUCGAUCACGAAAACAAUCUCCAGGACAGGAGCAUGCAUGACGCCUUGGUGCACAUCCUGGAGAAGCACUCAACGUUUAUAAAUGAGGCAGCUAUGAGGACGUACCUUGCACAAGUACAGAUGACUAGAAGGUGCGAAAAUUAG